AUGGCUGCACCAGUAACCCCCGAGACGUCGCACGCCAUCCUCCCCUCUGGCAAACAGCCCACCUCCUCCAGCAGCAUGACCCCACCACCUUCCACCCAAGCCCGCACGUCGAAUCGCCCAAAGUCGCCCACACCCAACACCGCCGUAUCGCACAUCUCCACUCCCCCGCCGACCAUCGAGACUGCUCCUCAACCCGAGCGCAUGUCCAAUGCGAUCCCACGCACCCUCAACAGUGACGAGCUCAACAAUGCGACACCGAAGAUGCUGCGCGACAAGUUGGUGGAAGUCCAGGCUGCGUAUCAGGAAGCGAAGAUGACGGCCGCACACUAUAAGCUACAACACAAUAUGCAAUUGCAGGAAAGCGAGGCUCACAUCGAGCGUCUGGAAGUGGAAGCUCGCAUGCAACAAUCGGAGAACGAGAUCAUCCACCGUGCUGAUCGCAACCGAGCUGCUGCGACACCUGUCCAGCAAGACGAUCUGGGUCUGAUUCAAGUCCACCGAGACCUCUACCAGCGAAUGUGCGCCGAGAUCCAGAAUCUAGGUCAUGUCAAUCGUGGACUAGAAGCGCAAUGCCAGCACCAACACCGAGUCAUCGAACGGCAGGAGACCGAGCUCGCCAGUCUGAACGACAGAGUCACUCUCAUGCGCGAACGUAUCCGCGAAAGCAGAGAUGCACUCCGACGUGCGAGGUCCGAAGCUCCAGUCGAACACGUCCGCCGCACUCCUUACAGCACCUACCACCCUCGACAGGCCAUGACCCAACCACCUCAACAGAACCCAUUCGCAGCACUCGUCCAAGCCUCCGAAAUGGCCAGCCAAGAGUCCGCACGCUCAGCUCCUGGAAAAGGCCACAAGCGCAAUGUCCACAGCCUGUCCAGUCUUCCCGCCACGCCUCAACGCAUGAUGCCGCCAACCCACACAACGCCUCACGGCCGCGAGGCCCCCGCUCGAAUUCCCGCCACGGCUCCGGUCUCUCGCACAACUGCCCGUCCAGUGAAUGUCUACCGUCAACCUCUCCCAGUGCAAGACCAGGCGACCUCGUACUCCGCUCGCACGCAAAUGGAAGCCGACGCACAGCAAUCCGACGGCACAGUCUCCGCCUCCGACGACGACGACAGCGAAGCGGAAACAGAAAUUCUCGAACACGACGACGACAAUGUGAAUGAAUCUUUCGCUUCGAGGGCCGCGACGCAGAUGUUGAGACAGGAGCAUCCGGAGCAGAGGACGACAAGUCGACCGAGUGACGGACAGAUGAGGCAGACGACGCUGUUCGGGGCGGUGAGGAAGAACGUUCCCGGGAGACAACAGGAGAGGCCGUCGAAGAGGGCGAUGGAGGAGGAUGAAGCGGCCGGGUAUGCGAUGGGGAAGAAGGCGAGGGUGGGUGCUUCGCCGGUGGGACUGGGGAUUAAGGGGGCUGCGAGAUGA